AAUUCAUUGGUUAAGAGGAAAACUCUUCGGUACGGAAGAAAUGCUGCGGAUCUCUCCCAUCGGACUCAGAAGCCGUCUUCUUCACAAUUUCCAGCUCUCGAAUUGCUGUUGAAGCUCAAACCAACCGUCUCCAAUGGCGUCUUCACACGCUUCUAUCUCUUCACUUUCUUCAAUUCGCUCCCCUCGUUCACCGCCGCUUUCUCCCAACAUCCUACCUUCCUUUCUUCCACACUCCAGAUUGCCGUUCAGUGGCCGUCGCCGGAGACUUAUUUGCAGACGGCUCUGUAGAGCUAUGGUUCAGCAGGCCGCUCAAGGAGCUCCGGCAAUUUAUGCUAAGGAGAUGGAGAGACUCUCUGCUAAAGAAUCGCUGCUGUUGGCUUUCAAAGAUUCUGGAGGAUUUGAGGCUUUAGUUACUGGAAAAACAACGGAUAUGCAGAGAAUUGAUGUGAAUGAGAGGAUAACUGGUCUUGAGCGUCUUAAUCCAACUCCUCGACCAACGACGUCCCCUUUUCUAGAAGGUAGAUGGAAUUUUGAAUGGUUUGGAUCUGGAAGCCCAGGACUUGCUGCUACGAUAAUAUUUCAGAGAUUUCCAUCAACUCUGGCUAAUUUGUCAAAACUGGAUGCAUUUAUCAAAGAUGGAACUGCUAGGAUCACUGCAAAUGUUAAGCUAUUAAAUUCAAUUGAAAGUAAAGUUAUUUUGUCCACCAAGUUAUCAGUGGAAGGACCCUUACGAUUGAAAGAGGAAUAUAUUGAAGGGAUAAUUGAAACACCUUCUGUUAGUGAACAAGCGGUACCAGUUCAGCUAAAAAGCGCAUUUGGUCAGGUAGUCAACACAGUGCAGCAACUUCCAGUUCCUAUCAAAGAUGUCAUUGCCGGAGGGCUAAGAGUUCCUCUAGCUGGAUCUUAUCAGAGGCUCAUGAUGAUUUCUUAUCUUGAUGAGGAAAUUCUACCUCUCCGGUAUUAAGGCUCUCUAAACAUGCUGACCAAACGAAGACUUAAAAUUUAAACCUGCCUUGGUCAAGUUUAACACAACACAACUGAGGGUCCAAAUUCUUUCCCGCAUCAGCCAAUUUAUGAAAUAGAGACCUCACCAAGGGGCAGCACUUGAUCCAACAACCAAAAGUUUCUCUGUCUAUACCUUUAUCUUUAACAGAACAAACUAUUUCUUGCAACAACCUCCACUCAUUUCCUUUACUUACUGCAAUUUUCUUCUAGUUUUGAUGCACAAACAGAUUACCUCUGUAUCCCACAGCUCACACAUUGUUUAGACCUUAUCCACCACCACAUACUGUAAUGCAUUGAAACUCGACUUUACCCCCCCAUCCCAGAAUUUGGUCAUCAUCCCAUUCCCAACCUUUAUUCUAUAAAAUUUUAUUACCGCAUCUUUUAAUUCUACA